CGCGCGCCUCCACCCGCUCCUCCCCGUGGCCCGGCUGUGCGCGGAAGCUGCGGCUCGGCGAGGGCAGGCGCGGCGCGUACGGCCGGCGGAGGCGACAGCGACCAGGCACAGGGGGUCCGGUGCGGGGAACCGGGCUCAGCCCCGGCCAGCGCGAGCCGCGGCCCUCGUCCACCCGAGGCCGGCCUGGGGGGCCCGCAGGGCGCGCGGAGCGCCGAGUGCGCGUCGGGCUGGGCCCCGCACCCCGGCGCAGGAGCGCGGGCGCGGCGCGGCGGAGCGCGGGGCAUGGAGCCGGCCCCGGAGCCCCCCGCGAGGACCCGGCCGCCACCGCCCCCAGCCGCCCGCCCCGCGCCCGCCCCCGCCGCGCCCAGGCCUCGCUCGCCUGCCGAGGUGGAGGGCCGAGGCCCGGAGGGGCUGCUGCGGCGAUCCGGGUCGGGUUAUGAGGGCAGCACCAGCUGGAAGGCAGCCUUGGAGGACACCACCACACGUCUCCUGCUGGGGGCCAUCGCAGUCCUUCUGUUCGCCAUCCUGGUGGUGAUGAGCAUCUUGGCUUCCAAGGGCUGUAUCAAGUGUGAGGCACCCUGCCCGGAGGACUGGCUGCUCUACGGAAGGAAGUGCUACUUCUUUUCUGAGGAGCCGAGGGACUGGAACACAGGCAGGCAGUACUGCCAUACCCACGAGGCUGCGCUGGCUGUGAUUCAGAGCCAGAAGGAGCUGGAAUUUAUGUUCAAGUUCACACGGAGGGAGCCCUGGAUUGGCCUGCGCAGAGUCGGGGAUGAAUUCCACUGGGUCAAUGGCGACCCGUUUGACCCGGACACAUUCUCCAUCUCGGGCCUGGGAGAGUGUGUCUUCGUGGAGCCCACCAGGCUGGUGUCAACCGAGUGUCUGAUGACCCGGCCCUGGGUGUGCAGCAAGACGGCCUACACGUGAGCUGGGUCAGGCCAGAGGCGGGCCUCCAGCCGGGCUCCGAGACCGGCCUGGCCCCAGCUCGUCUCCACAGUGAAGCAGUGGAGGGUGCCCUCCACCCCCGGCCCCUGGUCCAGGUCCCACAGCCCUGGCUCCUAGUCUCCUUGGCCCAGGCAGGUCCUGCGGCUCAGCCGUCAAAUCCCACGUGCUCAGUAGUGUAGGCAUUCCCAAGACACACACACGCACACGUAUACACGCCUGCACAGGCAUGCACACAGUCCCUUCUCAAGUUCAGAGUCCACUCUUGGUCACCCCAAGUCCCUCCCUGGCCCUGCGCUGGAACGUGUCUCCCCCACGCGGCCCUGGUGCUUGGAGGAAGAGUGGGCGCUGACGAAGACCGCGUUUCUGUCUGCACUGUCACUUCUCCCCUGGGAUCUGGGGAGGCCAGGAGGUGGGCUUCCCCGGCCCCCUCUAUCCACCCUUUCUGCCUGGCCCGGGGUUCUCAGGCAGGCCCCUGCUGUGUCUGUGGUGCUGUCAUGUUGGUCACUGACAGAAUAAAGAGAUGACUGGCA